ACAUCGAUUUAAUUAUUCAGCGUAACAUUUAUUUGUUAAGGCAUACAAUUAAAGUUUCGCUUCAAUCAAUAUAUCAAUAUUAUAUUCUGUUAAGUUGUUUGUAUGUGCAGUCACGAAACCCAAAUAUCAGACAUAUCAGUGUAGUUCGAGUGUUUCUAGUUCUAGAGGAUUGAUUAUAUUUGAAGGUUGCACGGCUCAAGCAGAACGGGAAGAAACGGGAAUAAAACAUUCAAAUAGAAGUACAGUUUUUUGUUUGCAGCGUCUUUAUUCCCUGUGGCGAUUCUUAUUCAUAAACAUACCACAGGGAUACCACCAGUUGUCUUUGUUGCUUGGGUAGUGUGAAUCAUUAACCAUCCCUUGAACAUGAUGCGAACGAGCUUGGUUGUACUUUCGCUCCCUUUUCUUCUCGGUAUCUUCAAGUCKACUGAAGGAGUAUCGGGUGGGGUCGGGAGUCCUAGCAAUGGACAACUCAAAACCUUCCCUAACAAUGCAAGCAGAUUAUGUGUUGUACUUCAAUGGACUUCAAUAUGUGACAGCAAAGUUACCAUCUGCAGGACGACUCUAAAACUUACCACGAAACGCAAAAAUGUAAAAUCAUCAAUCACAAAGACCUCUUUUAUUCCUCAUACCGCCGCCGACAACAGGACAAAGUACCAGUGCGUUUACGAUGCAUCGAAAGAAAGCUCAAGUUGUUGUGCAGAGAUUGUUAAAGGACUAAUGGCGCAGGAUGCGAUAGGGGAAGAAUUCUUGCCUUCUCUCCAAGCCAUGUGGGCAUUACAGUCAACGUUGCCUGGCUACCAAAGCCAACGAAUACAACUGUGUACCUGCGAGUCAGGCUGGGAAGGCAGAAACUGUGAAAUAUUGAAAGGCGUUGCUGCCAUGAAGGAUAAAUGCCUUGCUAAUGACACCAAAGCAAUAAAAACAGAAUCCAACAAAAACCCACACGACUGUUUAACUGCUUGUAAAGCUACAAAAGAUUGCAGGUCGUUCGUGUUCAYCCCAGCCAGUGCGAGUAGCAAAACUGGAAGCUGCAACUUGUACAACGUAAACAGCAAAGACGGCAAGGUCGUUUCAUGCGCUGGAAAAUCUUUGUUUGACAUGACCGGAGGCGGAGAGAAACCAACAGCAGGUGCUGCAACAGCCAUCGGGUCUCUCUACGCUCCUCUCCUUGUAGUCAUUGCAAACAUGGUCGCUUUGUUCAAUCUGUAAAGCACUCCUAGAAUAAAUGGGYCAUGUCUUCGACUCUGCUUUUAAUUAAUCGUUGUAUCGACCAUAUUAAUCCUUCCCGCACUAGAGUCUAAUGGUAAAGAAUCUGUUAACUCUGUUCCCCUUACGGUUUCGUACACUUCAUGGAAAGGAUCAAUAAAAAGCUUUAUAAUACAUUGUAAACUUGAGGAACUCAUUGUGGUAUAUAUUCACCCAAAAUAUGCAAUUUAACGUAGUAAACAACAUUAUUUAUUGUAAAUCUAAUUUAUAGGUUUUGUUUCGCUGUGUACGACUGUUUGGUGAAAAUUGCCAAGCUGUACGCACACUUAGUUAGAUGCAUGAGCACGUUAUGAUCGUUGAAAUACAAUAUUCAGCUGUA